GAGUGCUUAUGUCAGGCUCCAUGAGCAAUAGCUACAGUUUUUUCAAGUUGCAAACGAUUUGAAAUAAACUUUUUGAAUUUUUUCAAAAUCUGGGGUAGAAGUGACUGAAAGAAAAACAAUAAUCAUAUUUUUAUAUUUAUAAAAAGCAAGCAAUGUUUAAUUAACCAAACUCAAUUCGGCUCAACACAACUCAAUUUGACUAACAAAGAGUUUAUCUUUUUGUUUGAUGCAUUUUAUACAAAAUUGCUAUUUUGUUUAAUUUUGUAUAAUUUUAUUUAUUUUCAAAUAGUUUUGCAUAAUUUUAUAUAAAUUCGACUUAUCUCAAUGGUUUUUUGUUUUUUUCAUCUCCUUAAUCUUUAUUAAUACAGGUUUAUUUUCAAUUAAUAUGUCUUUAGAUUCUCAUAUCGAUCCUGAAAAACUAGAAACCAAAUUGAUUUUAGAAAAUCAAUUGAAACAUAAGAAUAUCCAUAAAAAUCAUGAUCACUUUAAAAUUAAAUCAAAAAUAUCAAAUAAAUACUCCUUUAUCAAUAACCGCAACAGUAAUAAUAAUAAUGACAUUGACAUUGAGUCAUCUUCAAAUUUAAAUCUCAAUUCAAAUCUGUUUUCCAUAUCCAAAUAUAAAAUCCCUAAUAAAGGUUUAGAUUCAAACUUAGCUUAUGAAUUAAUCCACAAUGACUUGAAUCUCGAUGGUAACCCAACGUUAAAUCUUGCAAGUUUUGUCAACACAUUUAUCUCGGAUCAUUCAGAUUUAUUAAUCCAGCAAAACAUAACCAAAAACCUAGCCGAUAACGAUGAGUAUCCAAUCUUGAUGGAUAUCCACAAAAGAUGCAUCUCAAUUUUAUCUUCCCUUUGGCAUGCAGAUCCAAAGAACUCUCCCAUUGGAACUGCAACAACUGGUUCCUCCGAGGCAAUAAUGCUAGCUGGUUUAGCUUUGAAGAAGAAUUGGCAAUCGAAAAUGAAAAAAUUAAACAAACCAUUUUCAAAUCCAAAUAUUUUAAUGGGUGCAAAUGCUCAAGUCGCUUUAGAAAAGUUUGCAAGAUAUUUUGAUGUUGAGCCAAGAAUUAUUCCUGUAUCUCAAAACUCAAAUUAUUUAAUUGAUAUCGACCAAAUUGAGAAAAAUAUAGAUGAAAAUACUAUCGGUAUCUUUGUUAUUCUCGGCUCGACUUAUACCGGCGGUUUUGAAGAUGUAUUAGAAAUUUCAAACUUGUUAGAUAAAAUAUAUGAGAGAAACCACAAUUUGGAUAUUCCUAUUCAUGUUGAUGGUGCAUCCGGUGCUAUGAUUGCUCCAUUUGUGUUCCCCAAACUCAAAUGGGACUUCAAGAUCAAAAGAGUUCAUUCAAUAAAUACAUCGGGUCAUAAAUUUGGUUUAACAUCUGUCGGUUUAGGCUGGGUUGUUUGGAGAUCAAGCUGUUUAUUACCAAAUGACUUGAAGUUUCAGCUAUCCUAUUUGGGUGGAGUUGAAGAGAGCUUUACCAUAAACUUCUCAAGGCCUGGUUAUCAAGUUAUUCAUCAGUAUUUCAAUUUUUUGCAUUUAGGCAAGCUGGGUUACAGAUCAAUUUUCAAUAACUGCCUAUCAAACGCAAGGUUGUUGUCGAAAUUUCUUGAAAAGAGUAAUUAUUUUGAAUGCAUUUCAAAUAUCCAUCGGUCAAAGAAUGUAAUGAGUUUAAAGGAUUCAAUUGAGUUAAACGAUGACCCUGAACUUGAUAAUAAUAAGAGUGAUAAUAAUAGUGAUAACAAUGAUAACAAUGAUAUAUUAAACCCUGGGUUACCUGUUGUUGCGUUUAAAUUUUCAAAUGAAUUUAUUAAAAAUUAUCCCCAAAUUCCUCAAUCGAUGGUUUCAACCUUAUUGAGAAAUAAAGGUUUUAUUAUCCCCUACUACCCAUUGCCUAAUAAUGAAUCUGACACUGAAGUAUUACGAAUUGUGGUUAAGGAAACGUUGAAUUUAGAAUUAUUGGAUAAAUUAAUGAUGGAUAUAAUUGAAAUCACUGAAGUUUUAAUCAAUGCAGCAAAUCAAGUUCAAAGGUCUACCAAGUUUGAAUCAGAUGAGGCUAGAAGUGAUAACAAUCAGAUUAUUUAUGAUAUGUUAUUAUCAAUCUCCAGUGCCGGAUUACAAGAUGAUAAGAUUAAAACAAUUAAAACUAAGAAAUCCUACAGAGGUACAUGUUAAGUUAAUGUGAAACGAGUCAAAAAUUAUUAUCCACUAUCUAGCAAUUAUAGUUAAAAAAUAAAAAAUAAAAAAUAAAAAAAGAGUGCAAAAAAAUGGGAUUGAGAUUAACACAAUACGUUCGUUUUAUUAGUAUAAUAUCAUUUAUUAUAAUUAUUAUAAUUAUUAUUUUCUUUUUAAUUAUUAUUAUUAUUUUAAAUUAUUCGGCUUU